AAUCUGAAAACCGAAAUGCAUCUGGUCCCGAGGAUUUUGGAUAAGGGAUUGUCAAUCUGUAAUAAAGAUCAUCAGUUCAGGAUAGAGAUGAUGUCCGGUGAGCAUUUUGGCAGUAGUUUCGAUGUAGAUGGUGAUGGUGAUGAGGCGGAGGGAGAGAUUGGUUCAUGGGCUUACAGAGGUCGCUCGGCUUCUGUCUUCCUCAUUGACACUGCCAAAGAGAUGUUUGUCAACCCUGGUAAAGAGGAAGAUGGGGAGGAACCACCAUUUUAUCAAGCAGUUAGAGCAGCGCACUCGACCAUGAUGAGGAAAGUGUUCUCCAACGACCAGGAUCUGUCUGCUUUAGUGCUCUUCAACACUAGGGAGACCAAGAACCACAUUGACUUCUCCCACGUGUAUACAUUACAGGAUUUAGAGUGUCCAGAUGCAGAGAGAGUCCUCGCAUUAGAGGAACUACUAGCAAUGCCUGAGAACUUGUUUGACACAACUUAUGGCCACAGUACUGAUGCCAGUCUGCAAGAUGCUCUGAGGGUCUGCCAAAGUGUCUUGGAUAAAUGGACGGGCCGACUGUCAGAGCAGAAUAUCCUGUUGUUCACGUGCCGAGAUGACCCCCACUCAGGUGAUAGCCAGAAGCAGAGACAAGCCAGGAAGAAGGCCCAAGACUUGAAGGAGGCCCAGAUUGAACUGGAGAUUCUACAUAUGGGAGAAACCUUUAAUGUGAACAAGUUUUAUAAGGACUUGAUAAUACUUGAUGUGAGCGAAGACAAUGAGGACUCACAGAGCAAGAUCACCUUAGCAGAUCCCACAAGUCGGUUUAAGGAAUUGUUGGAGCGAGUGAGGCGUUUGGACCACAAGCAGCGCACCACUGGACGAGUCAUGUUUACUCUGGCUCCCGGGGUUGAGAUGUCAGUCGGUGUUUACACGGCAGUUAGGAAAAUGAACAAGCCGUAUAAAUCAAAAAUGUGGAAGGAAACCAACGAGGAAGUGAAGUACGUGAAGAAAUCAUAUUUACGGAAAACUGGAGAGCUGAUUUCAUCAGAUGACAUUUUAAAGUACCAGGUGUAUGGCGGCAAGGAGAUAAGUUUAACAUUGGAUGAAGUGAGCAAACUCAAGCAGGUGUAUGAUGUUGGUAUACACCUCCUGGGGUUCAAACCAAUCAGCCGUCUCAAGCCAUAUUACCACGUCAGGUCAGCACAGUUCAUAUACCCUGACGAAACUUUGGUUCAAGGUAGCACCAAAAUGUUUGCAGCCCUGUUGGAGCGUUGUUUAGCAAGAAAAGUGACACCAAUAGUGCGCUUUAUUCCCCAUAAAGGAGCAACAGUGUCAUGGGCAGCGUUGGUGCCACAAGCAGAGAAACUUGAUGACAAGAAUUGUCAGGUCACUCCACCAGGCUUUGUUGUGUCACAUUUACCAUUUGCUGAUGAUUUCCGCAACAUAAAACUGAAGAAUGCAACCCGUGCCACUCCUGAACAAGUGGAUGCAGCCAAACCAGCCUUCAAGAAAAUUUUUUUCAAGUAUUCGCCGCAGGAUUUUGACAACCCUGAUAUUCAGACACACCUGCGCAACAUUGAGGCCUUGGCCCUCAACAGAUCCCAGCUGGACCCGGUGAUUGACCUCACCAUACCUGACUAUGAGAACAUCACGAAGAGGGCCGGCAAAUUACUUGAGACCUUCAGAGAUCUGGUUUACCCUCCCUCUUAUGACCCCAAGUGCAUUACCAAGAAACGGCCAGCUGCCACCUCCUCCUCAGGCUCCAAGAGAGCAAAGCCUGACCCAGCGAGAAUUGACGUUGCAGCCGUGACCAAGGCCGGCAAGGCUCACACACUGACUGUGGACGUCCUGAAGGCCUGGCUACAGAUACGCGGAAUUUCAAUCAAUGGGAAGAGGAAAGCCGAUCUCGUACUAGAUGUCAUAGAACAAGUUGAUCGGGAGCCAUUGACAACAGACAAGGCAUAGCUACAGGAGUUAAAACUAUCCCAGGAGUUACUGCCAGGAAGGAAGUGAUUUGCUGUGAUUAUAACUCCUAGUGGCUGCCAUAAUCCAUUAUUUUGAUACUGUAAUUGAAUUUUCUUGUUCUACUGUUUGCAUAAAAUUUACCGGUACAAAAGAACAGAAAUAAGUAAAUAAUAACAAUAUAGAUAACUCGUAUGUGCUAUAAAACUUUAAUAUUAUCCAGCCUUGAAGUUAUUAAGAAAACAAUUUUUAUUAUUUUACAGUAAUUGUGGUCCUCCAUAAGGUGAUUUAGUUAGUGUCACACAAAUAUUCAUUUACCAAACUUAUAUACAGUAAAGAUUUACCCUAAAGUGAAAGUAAAUACUAAACACAUAAAUGAAAUUGUUACUACUAUACUGUAAUAAUAUUGCUAGUGCAUUUUUUAUGCCAAGGGAGACAGAUACUACCCAGGGUAACCAACAAUAGUGCACUUAACACUAAACAACAAAUUUAGUGAAUCAAUAGUUCUUCAAUAAUGAUCGGGGCUCCAUUUUCUACCUCAAGGAUCAUAUGCUGUUGCUGGGUAAGCGAGAUUGGCAUAGGUAGUGAAGUGUGUAUAGGAGGUACUCUCUGUGUAUAGGAGGUACUCUCUGUGUAUAGGAGGUACUCUCUGUGUAUAGGGGGUACUCUCUCCCUAUAAAUCUCUGUACCUUAUUCAUCAUAGGAGUAUUGAGAUGCUUCGGGGAAAGAACAUGACAAGUGUUAAGGCGGUGGCUUGAGAUGACUUCAUUGUACCAUUACACUUAUUUCAAAAUUACUAAAGCUACGUACUUAUUCUCCUCCAUACACAUACAUGUUAAACUUCUCGCCCGAAGCGCCUCCCACAACAUAGACAGAGUAUUCAAGUAGUCUUUGCUUUACUUUAACUCAUGGUGUUAUUUGGAUCUUAAUUUUGUAUGACUAUGUGAAUUAUUCUUUCUUUUGUACCUUUGUUGAUGUAUCGAAUAUAUCAAGCCAUUCCAUGUUAUAUUGUCAGUACAAAUGGACUAGUAUUAUAGUGUUCCUUCAUAACUGAUUAUUUUAUUGCUGGCUGGUGUGGAAUUUUUUCUUUUGUGAAUUUGUCCUCGAUUGGAUUUAUUUUUAUGUUUUUGUUUAAUUAUUUUACUUUGAAGUCAAGGAAAUAUUAUGUUUUUACCUGUCAUGUAGCUACCAGGCACUGUAGUCUACACCAUAAACAAGACCAGAGCCAAUUCUAGUAUUUGUGGUUCAUGUGAAAAUUGGCCUCCAAGUGGUCACCUAAAGUUGUGUUCCCAGUUUAACCAGUGUUGAGUUUAACCCUUUGGAUGAGGAUUUAGUUUUCAAGCAACAUUCUCAAGCAGUGUCAAUUCUCCUGUGAAAUAUCAUAUUGGUAACUGGUGCUUUUUUUUUCUACUUUUCUUUUUGAUCAAGGCCAAACUACAAAGUUUCCAUAUAUGGCAUUAAUAUUUUUUUAUAAAUCAUUUUGUCAACAGACGAAUAAAUAUUGAGAAUUGAA